AUGGGAAACAAUCCAACUGCUAUGAUUUCUGAAUAUGAAAUUAAAGAACUUAUAGAGGAAACUGAAUGUGAGUGUGAUUAUACUUGAAAUAUUAAUUUUUCAAACAUUUUUCAAGUCAAUCGUCUACAAAUAAUUCGAUUAUAUAAUCGUUUCGAUGCAUUGGAUACUUGUGGAAGAGGAUUUUUAUUGCGAGAAGAUUUUAAAAAUGUUCCCGAACUUGCUGUAAAUCCGUUAGGAGAUCGUAUUAUUGAUGCUUUCCUCACUUUGUCGUGAGUUUUUUCGAACCAAAUUGAUAAUGUUUUAUAGUAUUUUUUUCAGAAAAGACGAUGGGAGUGAUCAACUCACGUUCAAACAAUUUGUAAAAAUAAUGGCACAUUUUCAACCGAUCUCGAAAUCGAAAAAGAAUGUUUUGAAUUCUAGAAAAGAUAAACUGAUGUGUAAGUUGGAAUACAAAAUUAACAGUAUCUGUUUUUUUUCAGUUGCAUUCAAAAUGUAUGAUUUGAACAAAAACAAUUAUAUAACUCGUGAAGAAUUUAAAGUUAUUCUGAAUGGAAUGGUUGGUGAUAAUAUAUCAUCUGAACAAAUUGAUCGAAUUGCUGAUCGAACUUUGCAAGAAGCUGAUGGCGAUAAAGAUGGAAAAAUAUCAUUUGAAGAAUUCUGUAAAGCAAUGGAUAAAACUGAUAUUGAAGACAAAAUGUCGAUUCGUUUCUUAGCUUAA